GAAACACUAAACUCAUUUACACCGGUUGUUAAUGUUUAGCUCCUGGCCAGUCAGUCAGUACUUAGUUGAUACUGUUUUCAUCUUUAUACCACUGGUUCUGCGCCGGAGACAAUGAGUGUUCGCACAUAUAAUCCGUCUGUGCGGGUUGGCAAUUGGAAUGAAGAUAUUUGUUUAGAGGAAGAUCUGCUGAAGGAUUUUCUUGAUCGCAGAGAAAAGGGAGAACUUCUAAUACAAAAAACACAUAAUCUCAUGCAGAAUAUUCUUAAAAAGAUGGAUCCAACUGUAACAACAGAUGGAUUUGUUCAUUUUGGAGAUAUAGUGAUGUUGAUCAAUCCAGGUCAAGAAAACACACCAAGAUCUUUGCAACUGAUUGAGCCACCUCGACAACCAUCUUCUCUUUCGAUUAAUAUGGAUGAAUACAAGAUGCAUACAGCCAAACAGGUAGAAGGACCAUGUGCAGUAUCUUGUUCAACGUUAUUCGAUCCUUGUGCUCGAAAUUUGUUCGUCAUUACAAGUGUUGAUGGUACAGAACAUGGCCAGGCCCUAAGAUUUGGACAACCAUUUGCAAUUUCCACAACGGAAGGAUAUGCUGGCAAUCUCAACCUUUUCAGUGAUCAUGCCAGAUUCAAUCUUAAUGCAAAAAAAUCUAGGAAGCAAAUCCUACAAUUAGUAGAGGAAACAAAUUACUUGACCACAUGGCAAGUUCAAGUAUAUGAUCCAAGACUUCGGCUAGAAUAUGAAGGAUUACCAGUUCCUUCAAAUGUCAAAGUUAUAAUAAAGCAUAACAAAACUGGACAAGCAUUGGCUGUGCAAUCUGAUUAUAUACUGAGGACUCCAUUUGGAAAAGAAUUUGAAGUCUCUGCUCAUACACAUCUAGAUUCACAUAAGGCGGAAAUGGACAAUAAUCACUGGGUAAUUGUUAGUGGAAACCCUAGCGACGACACCACAACCCAUUUUGAAAGGCCUGAACCAACAGCAAGCGGAGCCCCUCAACCAUCUGCACGAACUGGUGACCAAACCGCACAUCAAACACAGCAAAGUGAUGAGAAUGACAAGGGACAAGAACAGAAGAAUGACUAAAACCUUUUAAACUGGCUAAUGUUUUUGUAAAUAAAACACUGGUACUUAUAAAGCAAAUUUUAUUUUUUCUCUUCAUCAUCCAUUGUUUGAUAAAUCUACGAAUAAACAUACAGACAAGGUA